AUGUUGACGAUGACGCCAGACAUCGGUAGCGAGCGCAGUACCGCCGAACAGGGCGAGGGAGCCAUGAUGGAGUCGCAACCUCAACUGGCGACAACGCCGUCAAAGACGAAUUCGCCCAAAGCACGGUCGCUCUCGGACAGCACGCCCCGUCUUGAGCCCUCUCCGAAAUUCCGCGAACCCGCUCGCAUGUCCAAAGAUGAUCAGACCAUCGUCGCCAGCCCCAGCACACCGCGUCGACCCGACUUCCUCUCGCGAGGCCUGUCGCUGCAAAUGCCUGCGCGAGAGUCGCCCAUGCCCAGUCCCGCCCACUUCGCUGCCCGUGUGCCCCUCUCGCCCCAGCUAGAUUCGCGCAACACGUACGCGUCGCCCGCCUCUGUGCUGCCCCGACGGUCGCGCGGUGCCGAGUUCUCGAGAGCCUGCACCAACCUCCACCACUCGACCCUCCCCGACCAAUCCUCGCCAGAUUCCUCGCCGACGAUCACGCAAAAGGGCAUCAAGAUACCGCCGCGGAAGCCUCGCUCCAACUCGAUGCUGCUCGACUCGCCCAAUGUGAGCAUGCAAGGGGGCUGGAGCCAUGGCGAUAGAACCGCCCCGUCCAGCUCCGUCGGCAGCAUCAACAUGAUGGGCUCGGAGGACUCUAGUAGCUCUUCGGACGAGGUGGAUCCACUGGACCCUGAGGACAACGACGAUCCCAUGAUCAUGACCCCGCAGGCGAAGACCAACACUCUCUUCCCCGGACUCAAUACCGGUAACGCGUGGUCGAACUUGUUCUCGCCUGGUGGACAGCCCAACUUUGCGAGCAUGCAUAGGGCAAGGUUGCGCAAGGGUCGCAGCCGGAAGAGCUCGAGCUCGGCCAGCGGACACAGCUCCAUGGCAAGCCCUGGGCCAGCAUCGCCGCCAAACGGCAAGGAUACAGGAUACUUUGCGCGAGAAGCGGCUAUGCGGAAAGCGGGAUCACGACGAGAGAGCCUGUCGCUCUUUGCCAACGACCUUCACAUCUCGUCUGGCAAUGACAGCGGAGACGAGGGCGGUAAUUUGCCCCAGACUCCAGGUGUGGUGAGGCGGGUUGUCACGCGGAGAGGCAAUCUACUGCCCAAAUCGAGGCAGUUCGGUCGCAUACGAGCGGAGCUAUUUGAAGAAGCCGCACCGGUUGAUAGCGAGUUCCGUCGCGAAGCCGAGAUCAUCCGACAAGUGAGAGAGAGCGACACGGAUCUGGAGCGGCCCUCUAAUACAGCGCAAUCAUCGCCCAAUCUACUACCCACAGUACCCGGGCUGGACGGUCCGCUCGAAGGUGUCCCGGAAGAGGGCAGCGAGAGCAACAUGAGUCUAGACGGAUCAACGUCCAAGGGACUUUUCGGCGCAUUCGGUAGUCUUCACAGUGGUCGCAACUCGAUAAGCAACGGAUUCUGGAACCAACGCGCCGCACAUACUCCACCGCCAUCCUUCCCUCGCGCAGAGUCAUCCGCAAUGAGCGAGGACAUGAACAUGGACUCGCCUUCUAUGAAUGGCGGAGCAUCCCGAGCAUCUACACCAGGUCCCAUGCAGCCCCCCACAGCAGCUGAGGCCUUGAAGAAGUCAAACAAACGCCGACGAGACGACGACUUUGACGAAGCUUCGAUCAAACGACGUGCUGUUUCCCCAGGCCUCAGUGUUCACAACAGCCCGGUCAUCUCGCAGUCGCCAGUACAAAGGGACAGCAGUCUUUGGGGCACGAAUACUAAAGCCAGUCGGGAGACUUCGAUCAGCGGUCAGUCACACGGUGAGCGUUCAAACAGUGGAGGCAGCAUGAGCAUGACACCGACACUGGGCCCAAAGCGGAUAGGUCUGCAGGGCAUGACGGAUACCAACGACGGCUUGAUGAAGAUGAGCAUCGAGUGA